UCGGGAGCCAGAGGGGAAGCCCGGGCUGCGGCGCGGCGGUCGCUCGGCGCCCCCGCUCGCCUGCGUGCCGGCUCAUCAUGUCGCGGGGUUCCAUCGAGAUUCCCCUCCGGGACACUGACGAGGUCAUUGAACUUGACUUCGAUCAGUUACCGGAGGGGGAUGAAGUCAUCAGUAUCCUGAAGCAGGAACACACACAGCUGCACAUAUGGAUUGCUUUGGCGCUGGAGUACUACAAGCAAGGAAAAACAGAGGAAUUUGUGAAGUUGUUGGAAGCGGCGCGCAUAGAUGGCAAUUUGGACUACAGAGACCACGAGAAGGACCAGAUGACUUGCUUGGAUACGUUGGCCGCCUAUUAUGUACAACAGGCUCGGAAAGAAAAGAACAAGGACAAUAAGAAAGAUCUCAUCACACAGGCAACCUUGUUGUAUACAAUGGCUGAUAAAAUUAUUAUGUAUGAUCAGAACCAUUUAUUGGGAAGAGCCUGUUUCUGCCUGCUUGAAGGUGACAAAAUGGACCAAGCCGAUGCACAGUUUCAUUUUGUACUCAACCAGUCUCCAAAUAAUAUUCCAGCCCUCCUUGGUAAAGCUUGCAUUUCAUUCAACAAGAAGGAUUACAGAGGAGCUCUUGCUUACUAUAAGAAAGCAUUGCGUACUAAUCCAGGAUGUCCAGCUGAAGUUCGUCUAGGAAUGGGCCAUUGCUUUGUGAAACUUAACAAGCUAGAGAAAGCUCGACUAGCUUUCAGCAGAGCCCUGGAACUUAACUCUAAAUGUGUGGGAGCACUGGUUGGACUGGCUGUUCUAGAGCUCAACAAUAAAGAGGCCGAUUCCAUCAAAAAUGGUGUCCAACUUCUUUCCAGAGCCUAUACUAUUGAUCCUAGCAACCCGAUGGUACUGAACCACUUGGCAAAUCACUUUUUCUUCAAAAAGGAUUACAGCAAGGUCCAGCACCUGGCUCUCCAUGCAUUCCACAAUACUGAAGUGGAGGCUAUGCAAGCAGAAAGUUGCUACCAGCUGGCUAGAUCAUUCCAUGUCCAGGAAGAUUAUGACCAAGCUUUUCAGUACUACUAUCAAGCCACACAGUUUGCUUCGGCCUCUUUUGUACUGCCAUUUUUUGGUUUGGGACAAAUGUAUAUUUACCGAGGUGACAAAGAGAAUGCAUCUCAGUGCUUCGAGAAAGUUUUGAAAGCUUAUCCUAACAACUAUGAAACUAUGAAAAUUCUUGGCUCCCUCUACGCUGCCUCAGAAGAUCAAGAGAAACGAGAUAUUGCCAAGGGCCAUUUAAAGAAGGUCACAGAACAGUAUCCUGAUGAUGUUGAAGCUUGGAUUGAAUUGGCACAAAUCUUAGAACAGACUGAUAUACAGGGCGCCCUUUCUGCCUAUGGAACAGCAACACGAAUCCUUCAGGAGAAGGUGCAGGCUGAUGUCCCCCCUGAGAUUCUGAAUAAUGUUGGGGCCCUCCACUUUAGACUUGGAAACCUCGGGGAGGCAAAGAAAUAUUUUUUGGCGUCCCUGGACCGCGCAAAAGCCGAAGCGGAGCAUGACGAGCACUACUACAAUGCUAUUUCUGUCACCACGUCGUACAACCUAGCCAGGCUGUACGAGGCCAUGUGCGAAUUCCAUGAAGCAGAAAAGCUAUAUAAAAACAUUUUACGAGAGCAUCCUAAUUACGUUGACUGCUACCUGCGCCUAGGAGCCAUGGCCAGAGACAAAGGGAACUUUUACGAGGCUUCGGAUUGGUUUAAGGAGGCUCUCCAGAUCAAUCAGGAUCAUCCGGAUGCCUGGUCUUUGAUUGGUAAUCUUCAUUUGGCAAAACAAGAGUGGGGGCCAGGCCAGAAGAAAUUUGAAAGGAUAUUAAAGCAGCCUGCCACGCAGAGUGACACUUACUCUAUGCUAGCCCUCGGCAAUGUGUGGCUCCAGACUCUGCACCAGCCAACCCGAGACCGUGAAAAGGAAAAACGACAUCAGGAUCGUGCGUUGGCCAUCUACAAGCAAGUUCUCAGAAAUGAUGCGAAGAACUUGUAUGCUGCUAAUGGCAUAGGAGCUGUUUUGGCCCACAAAGGGUAUUUCCGAGAAGCUCGUGAUGUGUUUGCCCAGGUGAGAGAGGCGACUGCAGAUAUCAGUGACGUCUGGCUGAACUUGGCACACAUCUAUGUGGAGCAGAAGCAGUACAUCAGCGCCGUGCAGAUGUAUGAAAAUUGUCUCAGAAAGUUUUAUAAGCACCAAAAUACUGAAGUUGUACUCUAUUUAGCCCGGGCCCUUUUCAAGUGUGGCAAGUUACAGGAAUGUAAACAAACUUUGCUCAAGGCUAGACAUGUGGCACCCAGUGACACAGUGCUGAUGUUUAAUGUGGCCCUGGUCUUGCAAAGAUUAGCUACCUCUGUCCUGAAAGAUGAAAAAAGUAAUCUCAAAGAAGUACUUAAUGCUGUGAAAGAACUGGAGCUUGCACACAGAUACUUCAGUUACUUGAGUAAAGUGGGAGAUAAAAUGAGAUUUGACUUGGCCCUUGCUGCCACAGAAGCCAGGCAGUGCUCUGACUUACUGAGCCAGGCCCAGUACCACGUGGCUCGGGCACGGAAACAGGAUGAAGAAGAGCGGGAGCUGCGGGCUAAGCAAGAGCAAGAAAAGGAGCUGCUCAGGCAGAAACUUCUUAAAGAACAGGAGGAGAAACGUCUCAGAGAAAAAGAAGAGCAAAAAAAACUUCUGGAACAACGGGCCCAAUAUGUGGAGAAGACCAAAAAUAUUCUCAUGUUUACUGGCGAGACGGAAGCAACAAAAGAGAAGAAACGAGGUGGCGGUGGCGGACGGCGUUCUAAGAAAGGAGGCGAGUUUGAUGAAUUUGUCAAUGAUGACACUGACGAAGACCUCCCAAUAUCCAAAAAGAAGAAGAGAAGAAAGGGCAGCGGCAGUGAACAAGAAGGCGAGGAUGAGGAGGGUGGGGAAAGAAAGAAGAAGAAGAGGAGAAGACCUCCAAAGGGAGAAGAAGGAUCUGAUGAUGAUGAAACAGAAAAUGGCCCAAAGCCCAAGAAGCGCCGUCCACCAAGAACAGAGAAGAAAAAGGCUCCCAAGCCAGAACGCCUGCCUCCUUCAAUGAAAGGAAAAAUAAAAUCCAAAGCCAUCAUAUCAUCAAGUGAUGACUCUUCAGAUGAGGAUAAACUGAAGAUUGCUGAUGAAGGACACCCCAGGAACAGCCGCAGCAACAGCGACUCUGAUGAGGAUGAGCGGGUCAACAGACGCGCCUCCUCCGAGAGCGACUCUGACGACAACCAGAACAAGUCUGGCAGCGAGGCGGGAAGCCCCCGGAGGCCCCAGGGACACGAGUCAGAUGAGGACUCGGACAGCGACCAGCCAUCCCGAAAGAGGCGGCCCUCGGGCUCCGAGCAGUCCGACAAUGAGUCCGUGCAGUCUGGGAGAAGCCCGUCCGCCGGGUCUGAGAACGACUCCCGCCCCGCUUCUCCAAGUGCCGAGUCAGACCGUGAAUCAGAACGGGGGUCUGACAACGAGGGUUCCGGCCCAGGCUCGGGAAAUGAAUCAGAACCAGAGGGAUCCAACAACGAGGCCUCAGACCGAGGCUCGGAACGAGGGUCAGAUGAUAGUGACUAGGUUUAUUUCAUCAAGGAGCUCCGUCUCUGAGGGGAAGCCCUUUUAAUAUAUGAAAGCUGUGAUAUAAACAUUUCAGAUGGUUAGUGAAACAAUUGUGAAACUUUUCCUAAGAUCAUUUUUUUCUAUGUGUUUGUAUAUUAUGAAGCCCCAAGAGCCAUUUCCUGUGCUAGAGUCCAAUAUUGAAUCUCUUGAGCAAACGAGACAUCAUUGUGGUACAGCUCUACCUGUCCUGUGUGAGAACUGCCGUGCAGCAAGCCCAGAUGCCACCUAAGCAUUCCCACCAAGGUUUGGCUGGCACUACGGUAGAUCUUUGUAUAUGGUUUUGUUAGGGUGCAGAAACUGGUAUAUCGGCCGGGCGUGGUGGCGCACGCCUUUAAUCCCAGCACUUGGGAGGCAGAGGUAGGAGAAUCACCCUGUGUUCAAGGCCAUCCUGACACUACAUUGUGAAUUCUAGGUCAGCCUGGUCUAGAGUGAGACCCUGCCUUGAAAAACCAAAAAAAAAAAGAGAGAAACUGGGAUAUCCACCUUUGUUCCUUUAUGAGUUGAGAAGUUUUUAUUUUCUGGAGGAAGAGGUAUCGAACGUAUAAUUGCACCUGAGUGCAUAGGAAGGAAGGUAUUCAUAGUGUUCAUGCUGCAGCUGUGCAGGCCAAGUUGCAAAUACAUACUUCUGUUAGGUUGGAUAAGGUAUGGACAAUGCUUUUCUGUUAGUAGAAUGCAAAGACCUCCUAAGCCACAAAAUAAAAUCCUUUUACCAAC